AUGGGCUCGGCCAGCCAGAGCACCAGUUUCCCUUUAGAAAACCUCUCAUUUUGCUGCAGCAAGGGUCUGACAGUGUGCCCCACUCAGUCCUGGUGCUGGUUCUCCCUGUCCCUCCCUUCUCUCCAGCAGGCCAAGCAAUACGCCCUGUGUCUCCUGCAGCGUGUUCUCAGUGUUGGCUCCCAGCGGGUAUUGGCAGAGCAGCGAGGCAAAGCUCUGCUACUGGCCGGAGGAGGAGACGCCUCUGCCGGGUGCCUAGCUCUCCUUCACUAUGAGCUGAAGUGGUUUCUGGUGGUUCCCGACCUGCAGCCAAGCUAUGUCUUCGGGAACAGCGUUGUCAAACCGCAGACCCCCCGCACUGUGCCGGAGGAUGCCGAGCAACAGGAGCUCCCUGCAUGUUACCCAACAGAGACAUUAUGUCUGAGCAGAACUCAGCUGAAGCAUGUUGCAGAAAGUAUUUUGAGAAACAGCACUCUAAAGUAUUUGUAUCUUGAAGGCAACCAGAUAUCCAGUCUCCCAGAUUCAAUGUUCAUCAGCUUGCCAAACCUUCUGUGGCUGGACCUCAGGAAUAACCAAAUCACAUCCCUCCCUGCCGAAAUUGGCUUGCACAGGUCUCUGAAAACGGUGCUUCUGGAAGGAAACCCCAUCCCAGAACUUCCUCCAGAGUUGGGGAAUGUGAUCACCCUCAAAGGCCUGAACCUGAGGUACUGCCCCAUCCGUUUCCCUCCGCAACACAUCGUGAACCAGGGGCUCCGCAGCAUCCUCCAAUACCUCAGGAGCACCAUGGCUAAGCGGCCGGUCAGCGCGAGGAAGAGCCCCCCAGAGCUGCCGGUGGUGGAGAAGCUCCAACUGUCAGAGCUGAUGGGGUCCAGCGUGGAGGAGCAGGAAGAGUCGGUGGAUGAGGACGAGCUGCAGAGGUUCAGGGAACUCAGACACCAGAUGAUCCUGCUGGACAAGGCUGAUCUGGGAUCGGUACCGCGGGGUGAUGGAGACCCGAAGUCACGCCUUCUUCCCGCCAUCAAAAGAAAAACUACCAAGGCCGGCAUGAUUCCCCAGCUCCCCCUGUUUGACACUCGGCACUGGAAGAAGCCAGAAGAAAGGAGACAGGCUGCAAUGAAGGAGCUGACAGAGAAACAGGCAAUUCUCGAGCAGAGGCGAAAGAGCCAAGAGGCCCUUCGGAAGUGGCGUACCCAGGCCAAGAUCAUCCAGGAGAAGAAAACUCCCGAGCAGAAGAAGCACGCACAACAAAGAAGCCAGGAGGAUGCAGAAACCGAUUCAAACCCCGGUGUGGGUCAGGCGUCCGCCUUGUCCAUCCCAGAGUGUGAGGAGACCAGAUCAGCCCGUGAGUUGGAGCGGCAGAUCCGUGCCCGCGUCGACACGAUGCAGGAGAGACGCAGGAAUCCCAGGGGCACUGCCACCGAGCAGAUGGCAGCUGCAGAGAGAGACGUGGAGGAGAUGAGGAAGCUGCAGGCUCGGCUCCUGGAGAGGAAGAGGAAUCGGGGAGGAGAUCUCGAAAAAUGUUUCACUGUCUUCACCGGAGACACCUGGCCGAGUUUCAUUGACCAGUAG